AUGGCGGGUGAUUCUCAGCAGAAUUGGAUACUGAUGGUUACGGCUCAGACUCCCACCAACAUUGCUGUCAUCAAGUAUUGGGGUAAGAGAGACGAAACCCUAAUCUUACCUGUCAAUGAUAGUAUCAGUGUUACUCUUGAUCCCAAUCACCUUUGCACAACCACCACCGUCUCUGUCAGUCCAUCCUUUCAGCAAGAUCGUAUGUGGCUCAAUGGAAAGGAGAUUUCUCUUUCUGGGGGAAGGUUCCAGAGUUGUUUAAGGGAGAUUCGUGCUCGAGCUUGUGAUGUUGAGGAUGAUAAAAAGGGUGUUAAGAUCAGUAAGGAGGAUUGGAGCAAAUUGCACGUACAUAUUGCUUCCUACAACAACUUCCCUACUGCAGCCGGACUGGCUUCAUCAGCUGCGGGUUUUGCUUGUCUUGUUUAUGCCCUUGGGAAGCUAAUGAAUGUCAAAGAAGAUGAAAGUCAGCUAUCUGCUAUUGCAAGGCAAGGAUCGGGCAGUGCUUGUCGCAGCUUAUUUGGGGGAUUUGUCAAGUGGAUAAUGGGGAAAGAGGAGAAUGGAAGCGAUAGUCUCGCAGUUCAACUUGCUGAUGAAAAGCAUUGGGAUGAACUUGUUAUUAUUAUUGCCGUGGUUAGUUCUCGGCAAAAGGAAACAAGCAGCACCUCAGGAAUGCGUGAGACUGUUGAAACAAGUUUGCUUUUACAGCACAGAGCAAAGGAAGUAGUGCCAAAGAGGAUAUUGCAAAUGGAAGAAGCCAUCAAAAACCGUGAUUUUGCAUCUUUUUCAAAACUCACCUGUACCGAUAGCAACCAGUUUCAUGCAGUCUGUCUGGAUACGUCUCCCCCUAUAUUUUACAUGAAUGAUACAUCCCAUAGGUUAAUCAGCAUCGUCGAAAAAUGGAACCGUUCUGAAGAAGCUCCCCAGGUAGCUUAUACGUUUGAUGCAGGGCCGAAUGCGGUUCUGAUCGCACGUAAUAGAAAAGCUGCUACCCUUUUGGUUCAGAGGCUGCUUUACUACUUCCCUCCAAAUUCAAAUGACCUCGACAGUUACAUUAUCGGCGACAAGUCAAUUGCAAAAGAUGCCGGGAUCAAUGGAAUACAGGACAUAGAAGCUUUGCCACCACCUCCAGAAAUCAAAGAUAAUAUUCCAUCACAAAAGUACAAGGGGGAUGUUAGUUACUUUAUAUGCACCAGACCAGGAAAAGGACCUGUUUUGCUUACUGAUGACAGUCAAGCUCUUCUCAACAGUGAAAAUGGACUUCCCAAAUAA